UUCUGCUUAGUACGCGACUUGUGCAGAUUGAUGGUGCAGGUGUGCAAUCGGCUUUCUAUUGCUUGUCGUCUUGUGUUUAGUUGCUACUUGUCUGUCCUAUUGCUGUGUGGAGACGGGGAGGGAGUAGCGUUACUAAGGCCAGUCUUGUGUCAGGUAUGAGGGAAUAACAGUAUGGUGUCUUAACGGUGGUUUGUUUACCUGGCGAAGGAGAUGACUUCGAAGAAAGAACAACUCUUAUCUACAUUUACUUGUGCAAAACCUACUCUGCUAUUUUUAAAUUUGUACUUUUACUCUGGGCUUGGCAUGUGAAUAGUCUAUGUACUGAUGUGCCAUUGUUACAAAUGGAAAGGGAGUUUCACUUUGGGAACGUGAGCAUAUCCCUAGUGCUCAUGUUGUUUUUGAGGGCUCUGACUGGGACGUCUCCAACUCUAAGCUUUACCUCCGGGAGAGAGCCUCAACCCGCAGCCGCUCUGGGGUCACACAGAGCCGGGGAAGAUGGAAACGAAGGGGUGUUGGUGGAACGGGGCUUGGAAAGUAUCGGCGGUCCUCUUCCGGGUGUUAUCGGAGAGGUGACCGUGGAGGAUCAUGACGAUGAGAGCGGGGCGACCGGGAACGGAGAGGAGUCGUACGGACAAAGUGACGGAAACAUCAGACCGAAACGCUCUCUGGUGAUCAUCAGUACUCUGGAUGGUCGUAUCUCAGCUCUAGACCCCUACAACCAGGGACGCAAACAGUGGGACCUCGACGUAGGGUCAGGAUGUCUGGUCUCAUCCAGCCUCAGCAAACCAGAGGUGUUUGGUAAUAAGAUGUUCAUCCCAUCAUUGGACGGAGAGUUGUUCCAGUGGAAUAGAGACAGAGAGAGCAUGGAAGCUGUUCCCUUCAGUGUCGAGUCUCUCCUGGAGUCGUCCUUUCGCAUCGGGGAAGACACGGUCCUGGUGGGGGGAAAGAGUCUCACGAGCUACGGUCUGGGAGCCUACAGCGGCAAGCUGAGGUAUAUCUGCUCAGCAGUUGGCUGUAGCCGCUGGGGGGAGGAGGAAACAGAGCCUGAGGAUGUGUUGCUGCUGCAGAGAACCCAGAAGACCGUCAGGGCCGUGCGACCACGCUCCGGCUUGGAGAAGUGGAACUUCAGCGUGGGGAGCUUUGAGCUGAGGUUUGUUCCCGACAAACAGCUGACCAGUAACUUCCUGGAGGGAGAGAUGGCGAGCGGCGAGGCCAUGUGGAAGGAGGAGCAGAGGAGCAGCGGGCAGAAGGUUAUCAUGGAGGAGACCACAGACAACCACAGACACACAACCACAGACACGCACACUGACGCACCUGGGUCUGGGACACCAGACCUAGUCAUCAAGGUGUCUGUUCCUGACUGGAAGGUGAUGGCCUUCAGCACCCAGCCUGGAGGAAAGCUGGUCUGGGAACAGCAGUUCUGCACGCCCAUAGCCUCUGCCUGGUUGGUUGGAGGGGGGAAGGUAACGCCCAUCAGCCUGUUUGAUGACACGCCCUACAGCAGUCGUCCUGACGCGGAGGAGCAGGAGGAGGAGGACGAGGACAUUAUGGAGGCGGCUCGGGGAGCUACUGAGUCCAGCGUAUACCUGGGUAUGUAUCAGGGCCAGCUGUACCUGCAGUCGUCCGUCAAGAUCUCAGAAAGAUUCCCAUCUAAAGCCCUAAACGGGCCCGGUCCGAACCCGGACACCGUCCCUACCAUCAGAUGGAAACCUCUCAUACAUUCUCCAUCUCGGACUCCUGUUCUGGUUGGUUCUGAUGAGUUUGACAAAUGUCUGAACAACGACAAGUUCUCUCAUGAAGAAUACAGCAACGGAGCUCUGUCAGUCCUGCAGUACCCGUAUGACAACGGGUACUACUACCAAUACAGUAAGCGUUACCGUGGGCGACGCGGCGUGGCGGAGGUCUCUCUGCUGAAGGGUGGUGGUGCAGUGGGGGAGAGGAGGAGGAAGGAUCCGGUCCUGUUACUGCCCUGGUGGAAAGAGAUUCUAGGGACCAUGGUGUUCUGUAUCGCUGCUACCACCUACAUAGUCAGGAAGUUCUUCCAACCCCCCGCCCCGGUGGAGUACAUACGGCAACGCAAGGAGUCGGAGACUCAGUGUCAGACAGACAGCAAGUAUGACCUUGAGGUGGCCGAACCCAAAGAGACGGUUGUCAUGGAGACCCGCCCCAGUGAAUAUGUAUCCAGGUACCUGACAGACUUUGAGCCGGUACAGUGUCUGGGUCGAGGAGGGUUCGGUGUCGUGUUUGAGGCUCGGAACCAGGUGGACGACUGCAACUAUGCUAUCAAGAGGAUCCGCCUUCCCAACAGAGAGCUGGCCAGGGAGAAGGUGAUGAGAGAGGUGAAGGCUCUGGCCAAGCUGGAACACCCAGGGAUCAUCCGUUACUUCAACGCCUGGCAGGAGAGCCCUCCAGAGGGCUGGCAGGAGGGACAGGACCAGCGCUGGCUGGAGGAGAGCACUACCGACUGGCCUCUGAGCUCCCCCGACCACAUGGAGGUGCUGUCUGUCAAAGUGCCCAUCUCGUCUGUCUCCAGCCCUGUGAGUUCUGCGUCUGGGCUGGACGGGGCCUUCAUGACUGACCACGACCAAUCCAUGCUCUCCAGAUCCGUAGGCGGGGCCAUGGGAUUUGGCUGUGGGGCUAUGGACUUCAGAGUUGGGACUGACAUCCCCUUCCCCCUGCUGAUUGGUCAGGACAGUAUGAUGUCAGAGCUGGAUAGCCAACCAGACGCAGAGGCCUCGACUUCAGACACUCCCCACUCCUUUGAGCUAUGCCCCCCCCGCGGCCCCAGCGACUGCACCUCGUCCUCCUUUGACAUCGUGUUCGAGGACUCGGGCUGCGACCGUGACGCCGACCCUGACCCUGAGGUCAUGAUCCCCUCAGAAGCAUCCGGAUUGGCCAGUACCCCGCUCACUGAGAAGGCUAGCUCCUCCUCCUCCCACACCAGAAGAACCGACCCUUUCCCCGUACCCGUCCCACCCUCCUCCCCCUCCAUCCCUCCCUCCUCCUCUCCUCCACGCCCCACCUCCCUCUCCCUCUGCCUGGCCCCAAGCCCCUCCCGGACCCCGCCAACUCUGCGGCCCCAACCCUCUCCUAAAGUCUACUUGUACAUUCAGAUGCAGCUGUGUCGUAAAGACACCUUGAAGGAUUGGAUGUCUCAGAGAUGUCUGCCUGAACACAGGGAACAUUCUCAGUGUCUGGGCAUAUUUCUGCAGAUCUCUGAAGCCGUUCACUUCCUCCACAGCAAGGGCCUGAUGCACAGAGACCUCAAGCCCUCCAAUAUCUUCUUCACAGUAGAUGAUGUGGUGAAGGUUGGAGACUUUGGUCUGGUGACAGCCAUGGACCAGGAAGAGGAUGAGGAUGAUUCAGGACCCCUAACUCCCAUGCCCAGCUACGCCCGUCACACUGGACAAGUCGGCACCAAACUAUACAUGAGCCCAGAGCAGUUGUCUGGUGACUUGUACUCUCACAAAGUGGAUAUCUACUCUCUGGGUCUGAUCCUGUUUGAGCUGCUCUGUCCUUUCAGGACACAGAUGGAGAGGGUCAGGACUCUGACUGAAGUCCGAGGGCUGCAGUUUCCUGCUGUCUUCUCCAAGAACAACGUCCAGGAGCUGGGCAUGGUCCGUAGCAUGCUGUCCCUUAACCCGGCGGAGCGUCCUGAGGCUGCUGACAUCACGGAGGAGCCUCUGUUUCAGGAACUGGAAGUCCCGUGUCGCCUGGCGGUCCGACAACGAUCCCGGACAUACAGCGCCUCGUCAGCCGGAUGGCCUGCACGCACCUCUAUAGCCUCUUCCUGAACACACACACACACACGAACGCAACACACACGAACGCAACACGCACACGCAACACACACACACACACACACGAACGCAACACGCACACGCAACACACACACACGCAACACACACACGCAACACACACACGAACGCAACACACACGAACGCAACACACGAACGCAACACACGAACGCAACACACGCAACACACACACGCAACACACACACACACACACACAUGCCAGUCACCCCUGUUCCCCCAUUCUCAGUCUAAUGCCAGACAGAACCUCCUCCUUCUGACACACCACCAAAGAGACCCUGUUGGACAUCUCUCACAUCGUUCCUACAGUAACCCGACUACAGUAACCCGACUACAGUAACCCGACUACAGUAACCCGGCUACAGUAACCCGACUACAGUAACCCGACUACAGUAACCCGACUACAGUAACCCGACUACAGUAACCCGACUACAGUAACCCGGCUACAGUAACCCGGCUACAGUAACCCGGCUACAGUAACCCGGCUACAGUAACCCGGCUACAGUAACCCGGCUACAGUAACCCGGCUACAGUAACCCGGCUACAGUAACCCGACUACAGUAACCCGACUACAGUAACCCGGCUACAGUAACCCGGCUACAGUAACCCGGCUACAGUAACCCGGCUACAGUAACCCGGCUACAGUAACCCGACUACAGUAACCCGACUACAGUAACCCGACUACAGUAACCCGGCUACAGUAACCCGGCUACAGUAACCCGGCUACAGUAACCCGGCUACAGUAACCCGGCUACAGUAACCCGACUACAGUAACCCGACUACAGUAACCCGGCUACAGUAACCCGGCUACAGUAACCCGGCUACAGUAACCCGGCUACAGUAACCCGGCUACAGUAACCCGACUACAGUAACCCGGCUACAGUAACCGUACUCUCACACAGUGUUUGUUCAUUCAAUCUCUCCCUCCUGCUGAGCCCUGCUGAACCCUGUACCUUAUCAACCAUAUCUAGAUGACACCUUGUUCUAACAUGAACUGUCCUUAACAGCUGGUAACUAGUACUGACAACUAGUACUGACAACUAGUAGUGAACUAGUACUGAGAACCGGAGGCUGAGACAGACAUGCCUGAUUUGGGUGAAAAACCUUUUCCUGCUAGUUCUGUUUAAGAUGAUUUAAAUGUAUUUGCUUUAGGCCUUAGGAGGUUUGUGAGGUGUUAACUGCCUUGGACCAGAAGACCUGCCCUCCACUAGAAUGAAUUAAUGAAUGGUGCUGAGGAAUGUUUCUACAGCAUGAUGGGGAUCACAGGGCUAAGAAAUCCUCAACGCUAUCCUCUUUUUGUUGUUGCAAAUGUACAAAGUGAACUCUGUUUAAGUUGCUAAGCCAGAGCAGGACAAUGAUUUUCCAAAAUGUUCUCCCUGCCAAUUUUGUAAAUAAGUAAACAAAAAAAAUUCAAAUGAUUGUAUGUUGUUAAAAGAUGUGGUGUGGUCACACCUGUGUAUAUAUACUGACUGUACUACGGUUCCAUUGCUUUGUAAAUGGCAGAAUGAAGCAUUAUGAUGUCCGAUGAAGGGAGAGAGAGAGAGAGGAGAGCUGCACUCGAUCGCUAGCUGAAUGUGAUCUGGUCUCUUAAGCCCGGAGGAUACUGUGUCAUCGACAUGGUUCUUUCUAUCUAAGAAAUUAGAAGGGAGAGUGGAUGUUUGGUCCUCUCUGCACGUUUUAAAGGCAAUAUUCCCAUGUUUGCGUUAAGACCCACAUUCACGGAAAAAGCUCUGUAUGUUUUGUUUUUCCACCUUUUGUUUAACCAGGUCGGGCCAGUUGAGAACAGGUUCUCAUGUACAUGUACAUCUCAUGUUGGCUUGAUUAGAACUUGGCCUUUAAAUGUUGUCAAUUGCUCUAUAAGGUGGCUCUUCCUCGGUCUGCAUUUCAUUUAGGCCCUGAACAAGAAUGAACUGAUUCUAAGUUGAGGAGGACCUCCCAAUAACAUGUUGGACCUUUCAUUAUGUGAUAAACACCAUGUUUUCUCCUCUGGACAGGAGAGCAGUGCUUUACAAAAGUCUUAUCAAGUCCUUGUUACUCUUAUCACUGAUAAUUGUAAUGUACUAUAAUUAUUGUUUUAUCAAUUGUACUUUUUCUAAUGAUUUUUGAAAGGCUUUUUUUCAUAUAAUCCUGCAAGCUUUUUUGAUUACUGUAAAGUUUUUGAUUACUGUAAAGUUUUUGACUGGAGAAGCUGAUAAAUUUACAGCAGAGAUCUGUUUUUUUUGAGUAGAGAUGACAGAGAGGAGAGUCUGCUGAGGUAGAGCUGGUUCUGUUGAGUAGAGAUGAGAGAGGAGAGUCUGCUGAGGUAGAGCUGGUUGAGUAGAGAUGAGAGAGGAGAGUCUGCUGAGGUAGAGCUGGUUCUGUUGAGUAGAGAUGAGAGAGGAGAGUCUGCUGAGGUAGAGCUGGUUCUGUUGAGUAGAGAUGAGAGAGGAGAGUCUGCUGAGUUAGAGCUGGUUCUGUUGAGUAGAGAUGAGAGGAGAGUCUGCUGAGGUAGAGCUGGUUCUGUUGAGUAGAGAUGAGAGAGGAGAGUCUGCUGAGGUAGAGCUGGUUCUGUUGAGUAGAGAUGAGAGAGGAGAGUCUGCUGAGUUAGAGCUGGUUCUGUUGAGUAGAGAUGAGAGAGGAGAGUCUGCUGAGGUAGAGCUGGUUCUGUUGAGUAGAGAUGAGAGAGGAGAGUCUGCUGAGGUAGAGCUGGUUCUGUUGAGUAGAGAUGAGAGAGGAGAGUCUGCUGAGUUAGAGCUGGUUCUGUUGACUAGAGAUGAGAGAGGAGAGUCUGCUGAGGUAGAGCUGGUUCUGUUGAGUAGAGAUGAGAGAGGAGAGUCUGCUGAGGUAGAGCUGGUUCUGUUGAGUAGAGAUGACAGAGAGGAGAGUCUGCUGAGGUAGAGCUGGUUCUGUUGAGUAGAGAUGAGAGAGGAGAGUCUGCUGAGGUAGAGCUGGUUCUGUUGAGUAGAGAUGAGAGAGGAGAGUCUGCUGAGGUAGAGCUGGUUCUGUUGAGUAGAGAUGAGAGAGGAGAGUCUGCUGAGGUAGAGCUGGUUCUGUUGAGUAGAGAUGAGAGAGGAGAGUCUGCUGAGGUAGAGCUGGUUCUGUUGAGGAGAGUCUACUGAGGUUUGGUCAAAAUAAAAUCACUUUUUUUAUAACCCAAACUGGGUUGAACCAAAUGGAACCAAUAAGGCUGAAACAACAGAAACCUCGCUGAACUUGUCCAAUAAAAAAAACUCUGGUUUUCCAUUGCAAAAUGUUUUGCUACGGUGUGCACUAAUGAAUACACCCCUGGUUUAAAUGUUCAGACUAGAUCUUACAGUUUAUAACCUUUUCCCUUUGACCUACUGUAUCCGAGUCCCAGCGAAGAGGGUUGUUUUAUUUGUAUUCAUGUUUUAUGGACUAUAUGAAGGAAUUACCGUUCUCUGACUUUGCCUUCAAACUCUGAGAACAUCUGCAGCAAGUACCUAAAUUGUAUUUCUGUCUGUCUGCAAUCAAUAGUAUCUAAGACCUUUAGAUAAUACUGUCAUCUCUGCUUUUAGUUCUAGAAGUAGUGUUAUAAAUGACAACUAUAGUUGAAUUAGUUUAUAAGAUAUAGUUAUCUAAUGGAUAUUAGGGUUUUCUGUCUCUUCUUCUCUCCUCCCUCCUCUCUUCUCACCUCCCUCCUCUCUUCUUCUCUCCUCUCUUCUUCUCUCUUCUCUUCUUCUCUCCUCUCUUCUUCUCUCUUCUCUUCUUCUCUCCUCCCUCCUCUCUUCUUCUCUUCUCUCUUCUUUCCCUGGAUGUCUGGUUCUGCACCUCUGACCUCUCCCUUGACCUGUAGUUAAAUGUAUCUGUCCAUCUGAUCUGGUAAUGAUGUAAAUAUGUUUAUUUUGUUUUAUUUAUGUUUAAUGCCGAAAUCAAUCAGUUUUGGGUUGGUGGUACAUUUAAAUAUAUAUAUAAAUAUAUGAUGAAUGCACUUCGUCCCAUGAAGUGCAUUGAAAUAUGGUGACUUCUUCCAAGUCUUACAUUUAAUAAACACUUCUAUUACAUUUGUAAA